AUGUCAGAAACUUCGUGUCCCGUCUGCAAUCUCACGCUUCCUCUCUCUCAAAUCGAAAGUCAUGUGAAUGCCCAUUUCGACGAAGAUGAAAUCAAUCCACAAAUCGCAAGCGAUCAUCACUUAGCUCUGCAACUCGCCUCUUCUUCUGAUCCUUCUCCGUCUUCCUCUAACUUCGACGAUUCCUUGGGUUUGCACAACAAAGUUGCGACCUUGGUGCGUUUACAGACCAAAAGCCAAUUUUACAGUGUUGGAAAUGGUGGUUUGAUUUGUUUGCUGAAAACUUGUCUGGAAUACGAAUUGAAAUCGAAAUCGAAACCUUUAGAGUGCAGUAUUAGUUUACUAUCAGGCUAUGUUGAUCAUUUUCAUUCCUCAAAGGAGGAUAAAGGUUGGGGAUGCGGAUGGAAGAACAUUCAAAUGCAAUGCUCUCAUUUGCUUACUCAUAGAGAAGAGGAAGUUAAAAGAGUUCUCUUUGGUGGCUCUAACUUUGUUCCCGACAUUCCCUCGCUCCAGCGUUGGUUAGAGAUCGCUUGGAGCAAGGGUUUUGAUGUUUCUGGAGCUCAGCAUUUCGAUAGUCAAAUCUGCGGUUCCAAGAGAUGGAUUGGAACCACUGAAUGUGCUGCGUUGUUACGCUCUUUCGGGUUAAAAGCCAGAAUUGUUGAUUUUGCUCCCAAGAAAUCAGAAUCAUUGUAUCUUUCAGUUCCUGGUUCUGCUAUUGCUCCCAAGAUAAAGCCGCGUGGUCCCAUGGACAGAUACGUGACUAAAAAGGUCGAAAAUGGGGCGAAAAAACCAGUUGACUCUCAUGGUUCUAGUUCUUCUAGGAUCAGCAAAGGAGUGGUUUUAAUGGAUUGGGUUUGGAAUUACUUCUCGGAAAACAGGUUAAACGUUUCCUCCGGUGUUCAUAUGACGAGCAAAGCGCCCUUGUAUUUCCAACAUGAAGGGCACUCGAGAACAAUUGUUGGGAUUCAAAGACGGUUGCAAGGAACGACAUUUACUACUCAGUACAAUCUCCUGAUUUUGGACCCGGCUGAUUUUACUAAAGCUAUAGAGAAAGCGCUUGUAGAGAAGAGAGGGUGGGAGGGAUAUCUCAAACGAGGAGCUCACACACUGAAAUGUCCCGAGUAUCAGAUGUUGUACGUUGAUAAUGGAAUUGCUGAUGGAGAGGAGUUGGAGCAGCUCAAGAUCAUUGAUAGUCACUUUGUUGAAUUCUAA